AGUACAUAAAAGUCAUUUCUUAACUACUAUAAUCCACACAUACAUUUCUGUUCUUAUCUAUUUCUAUAAUGUUUGAAAACUCUGCAUAAACUACACAGUUAAUUGUUUCAGUCAAUGCGUUCUCGAAUCUUACUUCCAUUCUCACACUACCAUGACGAAUGAGAUUCCAGUGAAUAUUAGAGUUAGCUGAUAAGUCGGGGGUUAAAUCAAAGGCUAGUAAACAGUAUCCAUCUGAGUAUUGCUCCCUCGAUAUCCCAUUACCUUCGUUAAGAAAAUGUAUACCGGUACCUGAGUACCGGUCUUAAGCUCUUAAUUUAUUUGCUAUUUCAUUGAGUUUUAAUUUGUUUUUAACGACAACAUUAGGAUGAUAAUGAAUUUAUAAUUGUUUAAUAAAUAUUUGAGGUAACAAUCGAUUAACAUUAAUUUAUUAAAUACAGAUAUUGUAAAGAAAAAUAUAGUAUUGUGGUAUGAAUCACAGGACAACGUGUAGAAAGUGUGUAGUGUUCUAAUAUCAAAAAUGGAGCCUUCAUACAACCUGAAAGAUGUGGAAAAAUGUUUCAGACCCUAUAAUUAUUAUGUUUUAUCUGAUGAAGAAGAGGUUUCGAACAUACACGUAAAUAAAAAUAAGGGGACCAGUCGUUUAGAUGACUUUUUUAUUCAAGAACCAGACCGAAAGAAGAAAAAAGCUAGACUUUCUUCAACUGUUGGCCGUGCAGGAAAGGAGGGGAACAUUCAAUAUAUAUCAACAGACAAAGAUGAUGGAAUGGACGCUGACAUACUUGUGAAAAUCGACUUGUAUAGUUUAAAAAAGUUAAAAGAAAUCCCGGUCUCACAACAUUGGAAAAAUGCAGAUAUUCGUGUUAAAUAUUACAUGAAAAACGAUUCCAACAUUGAUCUUCAGAUAAAAGACGUAGUAUAUAACAUAACAAAGGAAAUAUCCGAGGAAGAUAAUGUAAAACAUUAUAGUUUUAAAAAUUAGGUUCCUUUAGUAUC